AUUUGCUUGUAAAUGCAUCACGAAGAGGCAACCCAGAAUGAAGAAAGCAAGCAGGAGUGUUGGCUCAGUGCCUAAAGUGUCUGGGAUAAGCAAAACGCAAACAGUAGAAAAAACUAAACCUGAAAACAGCUCUUCAGCAUCUACAGGAGGCAAAGUCAUAAAAACUGGAACAACAGCAUCAUUGUCAAAGACCAAGAGCAGUGAUGACCUCUUAGCUGGAAUGGCUGGAGGGGUGACAGUGACUAAUGGUGUUAAAGGAAAGAAAAGCACCUGCCCUUCCACAGGAUCUUCAGCCUCGGCCCCUGCCAUGACCACUGUGGAGAACAAGUCCAAGAUCAGCACAGGCACAAGUUCUUCAACCAAGCGGAGUACUUCCAUAGGUAAUAAAGAAUCCAGUUCUACUAGAGAAAGAUUACGUGAGCGAACCCGACUAAACCAGAGCAAAAAACUACCUUCGGCGGGUCAGGGAGCUAAUGAUGUGGCAUUGGCCAAGCGUUCCCGCAGUCGCACUACUACAGAAUGUGACGUUCGUAUGAGCAAGUCCAAGUCGGACAACCAGAUCAGUGACAAAGCUGCUUUGGAAGCCAAAGUGAAAGAUCUUCUCACACUGGCAAAAACCAAAGACGUGGAAAUCUUACAUUUGAGAAAUGAACUCCGAGACAUGCGUGCUCAGCUGGGCAUUAAUGAGGAUCAUUCUGAGGGUGAUGAAAAAUCUGAGAAGGAAGCCAUCAUUGCUCACCAGCCAACUGACGUCGAGUCCACUUUACUGCAGUUGCAGGAACAGAAUACUGCCAUCCGGGAAGAACUCAACCAGCUGAAAAACGAAAACAGAAUGUUAAAGGACAGGUUGAAUGCGCUGGGCUUUUCCCUAGAGCAGAGGUUAGACAAUUCUGAAAAACUCUUUGGUUAUCAGUCCCUGAGCCCAGAAAUCACCCCUGGCAACCAGAGUGAUGGAGGAGGGACCCUGACCUCUUCGGUGGAAGGCUCUGCCCCUGGCUCAGUGGAGGAUCUCUUGAGUCAGGAUGAAAAUACCCUCAUGGACCACCAGCACAGUAACUCUAUGGACAACCUAGACAGCGAGUGCAGUGAGGUGUACCAGCCCCUCACAUCGAGCGAUGAUGCCCUGGAUGCACCAUCGUCCUCAGAGUCCGAAGGCAUUCCGAGCAUAGAGCGCUCCCGGAAGGGGAGCAGUGGCAAUGCGAGCGAAGUGUCUGUAGCUUGCUUGACAGAACGGAUACACCAGAUGGAAGAGAACCAACACAGCACGAGUGAGGAACUUCAGGCAACUCUGCAAGAGCUAGCUGAUUUACAGCAGAUAACCCAGGAACUGAAUAGUGAAAAUGAAAGGCUUGGAGAAGAGAAGGUUAUUCUUAUGGAGUCUUUAUGUCAACAGAGUGAUAAGUUGGAACACUUUAGCCGACAAAUUGAGUAUUUCCGCUCUCUUCUCGAUGAGCAUCACAUUUCUUAUGUCAUAGAUGAGGAUGUGAAAAGCGGACGCUAUAUGGAAUUAGAGCAACGUUAUAUGGAUCUAGCAGAGAACGCCCGUUUUGAACGAGAGCAGCUUCUUGGUGUCCAACAACAUUUAAGCAAUACUUUGAAGAUGGCAGAACAAGACAACAAGGAGGCUCAAGAAAUGAUAGGGGCACUCAAAGAACGCAAUCACCAUAUGGAGCGUAUUAUUGAGUCUGAGCAGAAGGGUAAAGCAGCCUUGGCAGCCACAUUAGAAGAGUAUAAAGCCACAGUGGCCAGUGAUCAGAUAGAGAUGAAUCGCCUAAAGGCCCAGCUGGAGAAUGAAAAGCAGAAAGUGGCAGAGCUGUAUUCCAUCCAUAACUCUGGAGACAAAUCUGAUAUUCAGGAUCUUCUGGAGAGUGUUAGGCUGGACAAAGAAAAAGCAGAGACUCUGGCUAGUAGCCUGCAGGAAGAUCUAGCUCACACACGAAAUGAUGCCAAUCGAUUGCAGGAUACCAUUGCAAAGGUUGAAGAUGAAUACCGAGCCUUCCAAGAAGAAGCUAAGAAACAAAUAGAAGAAUUGAAUAUGACAUUAGAGAAACUAAGAUCAGAGCUAGAAGAAAAAGAGACAGAAAGGAGCGACAUGAAAGAAACCAUCUUUGAACUUGAAGAUGAAGUAGAACAACACCGAGCUGUAAAACUCCACGACAACCUUAUUAUUUCUGAUUUAGAGAAUACAGUUAAAAAACUCCAGGACCAAAAACAUGACAUGGAAAGGGAAAUCAAGACACUCCACAGGAGACUUCGGGAAGAAUCUGCAGAAUGGCGGCAGUUUCAAGCUGAUCUCCAGACUGCUGUGGUCAUUGCAAAUGACAUUAAAUCUGAAGCCCAAGAGGAGAUUGGUGAUCUGAAGCGCCGGUUACAUGAGGCUCAAGAAAAAAAUGAAAAACUCACAAAAGAAUUGGAGGAAAUAAAGUCACGCAAGCAAGAGGAGGAGCGAGGCCGGGUAUACAACUACAUGAAUGCUGUUGAAAGAGAUUUGGCAGCCUUAAGGCAAGGGAUGGGACUGAGUAGAAGGUCCUCAACUUCCUCUGAGCCAACCCCUACGGUGAAAACCCUCAUCAAGUCAUUUGACAGUGCAUCACAAGUACCAAACCCUACUGCGGCCGCGAUUCCUCGCACGCCUUUAAGUCCAAGUCCAAUGAAAACCCCUCCUGCUGCAGCAGUCUCACCUAUGCAGAGACAUUCCAUAAGUGGACCAAUAUCUACAUCCAAACCUCUGACAGCGCUGUCAGAUAAGAGACCAAACUAUGGGGAGAUCCCUGUUCAAGAGCAUCUAUUACGAACCUCUUCAACCAGCCGACCUGCUUCUCUGCCAAGAGUACCUGCCAUGGAAAGUGCCAAGACCAUCUCAGUGUCUCGACGAAGUAGUGAAGAGAUGAAACGAGACAUCUCUGCACCUGAAGGAGCAUCACCGGCCUCUCUUAUGGCUAUGGGAACUACAUCUCCACAGCUUUCCCUGUCCUCUUCUCCCACGGCAUCUGUUACCCCUACCACCCGAAGUCGGAUAAGGGAAGAAAGGAAGGACCCUCUGUCAGCAUUGGCGAGAGAAUAUGGAGGUUCGAAGAGGAAUGCUUUGCUAAAGUGGUGUCAGAAGAAAACAGAAGGCUAUCAGAAUAUUGACAUUACAAACUUCAGCAGCAGCUGGAAUGACGGGCUGGCCUUCUGUGCUCUCCUGCAUACGUACCUUCCGGCUCACAUUCCGUAUCAAGAGCUGAACAGCCAAGAUAAGCGAAGGAACUUCACGCUGGCCUUCCAGGCGGCUGAGAGCGUCGGCAUCAAAUCCACACUGGACAUUAAUGAAAUGGUGCGGACCGAGCGGCCUGACUGGCAGAGCGUGAUGCUCUAUGUGACGGCAAUCUACAAGUACUUCGAAACCUGAGCACACCAGAAGGAGGACUCUUCCCCGUUACCAAGUGACACCAACACCAUUAGCUAUGCACCCCGUAAAGCUUUCAGCGACUCUCUGGGCUGCCCUGCAGCGUGUGAGCCUUCAGCCAGGGACUCUGAGUCAGGAGAACUCGGGCCUCCGUGGCCCAUGGCUCAUGGCUGGCUCCUCGCACUCGACCCACAGGUCGGUGUGGGCCCAGCGCACAUCACACAUGCUGUUUGCCACCAGGGUUUUUCUCUGAAGGGAAUAUCGAACUACAUUAGUGCCGUGGGGUGUGAAACCCAGCCCACGCACAACUGAACUUGGGGAAGGGGUAAAAUUAUGUGGGCAGCUCACAGGGAGUUAGUGAAAGCUUUAGCCACAGCUCUUCUCGACUACUCGCCAGCACAGGGUCUGUCACCCGUGAGAACCAGACAGGAAACUCGGCGUCUGGCAGAGACACCCCACGAGCAGGCUGCGGGCCUGGACGUGGGCUUGCUUUCAAGGGGUGCAUCACCACAGCAGUGGGACGGGACUGUCCUGGCCCACAUGACCUAGGUGUUUGCAACUUGAGCUAACAGAUUGCAACUCGAGUUCCCGCUGGCAGGUCCUCCGCUGCUGAAUGGUUGGUUUUGUGGCCGGGGCCCGUCAACAGGAAACAGCCCCAGGGGACCCCUUGAUGCCACACUGCGGACCUGUCCUUAAGCCCGGAAGGGGCUUGGAAACCCAGCUCUGGCUUUAGGUUUCUGGACAAAAGAAUUGGUCAAAAGGAGUUCUAGUUAAAAUGUUUUUCUCUUACGAGCAAUACUGGGGGGAAAUAGCCCCUGUUCUGUUAGUACCAAAGUUAAAUCAUUUUAGUAAAUCUAGAGAUAAAACACAAAA